CUCUGCGCCAUGAGGCUCAUUCUCCAAGCUACAAGCAGACACACUGAGGCGCCUAUCAUAACCCGUCACCAAUAAAAUCUCUUAAGAAGAAAAUUAUCUGAACGUUUGUUUCUUUUUUGUCGUUAAACAUGAUGAACGGGCAGAUGAAUGGUUUUCACAACUCUCUCAUUGAGGAGGACUGCUUUUUGUUCACCUCCGAGUCCGUAGGAGAAGGACAUCCCGAUAAAAUCUGCGAUCAGAUCAGCGAUGCUGUCCUCGAUGCCCAUCUCAAGCAGGACCCUGAUGCCAAAGUCGCGUGCGAGACUGUUGCCAAGACCGGAAUGAUUCUUUUGGCGGGUGAAGUGACGUCACAUGCAACGGUGGACUACCAGAAGGUCGUGCGGGACACCAUCCGGCAAAUUGGAUAUGACGACUCCUCUAAAGGCUUUGACUACAAGACUUGCAAUGUUCUGGUGGCCUUGGAGCAGCAGUCUCCUGACAUCGCUCAGGGUGUUCACAUCGACCGCAGUGAGGAAGAAAUCGGAGCAGGGGACCAGGGAUUGAUGUUUGGAUAUGCAACGGAUGAGACUGAGGAGUGCAUGCCUCUCACUAUUGUCCUUGCCCACAAACUGAAUGCUAAAAUGGCAGAAUUGCGUCGCAAUGGAACCCUCCCAUGGCUUAGGCCAGACUCAAAGACACAGGUUACUGUUCAGUAUCGCCAGGACCGUGGCGCCAUGCUUCCUGUGCGGGUACACACAAUUGUCAUCUCUGUUCAACAUGAUGAGGAAAUCUGCCUGGAGGAGAUGAGAGAUGCUUUGAAAGAGAAGGUCAUAAAGGCCGUGGUCCCCUGCAUCUAUUUGGAUGAUGACACCAUCUACCACCUGCAGCCCAGUGGGCGCUUCGUGAUCGGAGGCCCUCAGGGCGAUGCUGGGCUCACUGGUCGCAAGAUCAUCGUCGACACCUAUGGAGGCUGGGGAGCCCACGGGGGCGGCGCUUUCUCUGGGAAAGAUUACACAAAGGUGGACCGGUCCGCUGCGUAUGCAGCACGAUGGGUGGCCAAGUCUCUGGUGAAAGCUGGUCUCUGCAGGAGGGUUUUGGUUCAGGUGUCCUAUGCCAUUGGAGUUGCCCACCCCCUCUCCAUUUCUAUCUUCCACUACGGGACCUCUAAGAAGAGCGAGAGGGAGCUGCUUGACAUUGUGAGGAAGAACUUUGACCUCCGCCCUGGGGUCAUUGUGAGGGAUCUGGAUCUGAAGAAACCCUUCUAUCAGAAGACCGCAGCCUAUGGCCACUUUGGCCGAGAUUCUUUCCCAUGGGAGGUGCCCAAAAAGCUCAAAUACUAAAUCUGUUAAGCUUUUCCCCCCAGGCUUGUUGGUGUAUACUACAGAGAAGCCUCCAAGGUUCCAGGGGUGAAAUGCGCUUUUUUCCUCUCUUCCACUCUCUUUCAUAAUUUGACACACGACUCCUCUCCCCACCUCCCUGUUUGUCUUGUUACUGUUUGCUGGUUGCACUACUGUGCUGGGUCCUAGAAGGCAUGCCUCACUCGAUGUUUCAACUAAUCAUUCAUCAUAGUACUUCAUGCUGAUGUCCUUUUUGUUGUGAUGGUGACAGAGUAGCCGUAUCCUGACGUUUUUCCUCUUGGCAUUCCACGUCAACAUCAUCCGUCUUUAGUUUUGUCAUUGCGUUGGCGUCAUUGGCAAAACGCAGUGCCACUCUUUGAUUUCAUUGGUGCUACCGCAUAUGAGUCUGCAUGACAUCUAAAACCUCCCCGGUCCAUUUCCAUGCAUCAUUUUUGUAGUUGGAGGGCUUCCCGAUCAGACACUAUCCCUCAAAUGCUUCUUUCUAAACAUUCCUCCUUCGUCCGUCUCGUAACGUAUUCCUUGACCUGGUAUUGUCUUCUGUUGCCUUUACUCGUUAUUUCUGCGGAGGACGCUAGAAUGGCACAAUUUAAAAAAAAAAAAAAAGAAGAAAAAUCAAGGGUUUGUUGUCUUUGGUUAAAACUAAAAUGCUAUGCAUUGCAGGUUUAGGGACAAGCCAAAUCGUAAUUUUUACAAACUCAGUGAGUCUAGGGCCUCUCAUGCCCCUACAGACCUUUGCUAUUUCUGACGUAAUACAGAAAAGUCAGAAGCUGCUUUCACUGCUCUGGUCUGCAGAGGUGUUGAACAUACUUGAUGUUGAGGUGAUGAGGAAAAUUAGCUAGUUCAUGCAUUGAAGUUUAAAAACUACUCCCUUUUUUAUUUUCUAAAGUAGAGUCACUUGUUUUUUUAUGGUUUUGAAUUAACUUAAUUGCUCCUCGGGUGAAUUGAUGGCAGGUGUAGCUACAGAGAAGCCUGUUUCCAUCUCUAUCCUGAUGGGGUGUCCAUUCGUUUUUCCAGCAUACAAUCAAAGAAAAAUAUUUAUUUGUUCUCUGGAACUCGGCGUGGAUACAGAGAAGCCGGCGUUUCAGAAGGCAGCUUUAAACACAUUUGGUUGUUGAAUCCUUUGACUUGACGAUUUCAGUGUUUGCUCUUGAGGUCCCAGGGUGUUGUACAGAAAAGCUUUGGUCUACCUCAAGAAAGCUUCACUGGCAACUGUAAGAGUAUUUUUGCAAUCUUUUUAUUUUUUUGGACUACGGAUCUUGUGUUGUUAUUUCAGUGGGUUGCUUCUGAAAUCCUAAUGCAUUGCCCGGUGCCAUUUUAUUUUGUCUUGGCUCUUGCCUGUCCCUCGGUGUGAUGGCAACAUUUGGCUGGUGUUGUACAGAGAAACCAGCCUGUUUACAAGGCCAUCCCACAAACGGGACAGUGCAGUUUUGGAUUUGUUCCCUUUAACCACUCUUGAGGUCAUCCCGCUGGCUACAGUAAGUUUAAAGAGUGCCUUUUCUACUUCCUCUUCAACUUAAUUUGCCCCUCCCACCUCCCCUCCCACCAACGUGCGCUCCACUUUCAGAGGAACAAGUAGCUCAUACUGUGAUUUAUGCUCCAUGUUUAGACCGGGUAGUUUGAUGAUGCAUUGUAAUAAACUACUCACCUUUAAAAAGA